GUUCAUAUGGCUCGUGCGCUCAUGGAGAGCUGAUGUGUGGCGCGCGCGUCCAAACGCUCUGAGAGUCUCUCACAUUUCAGGAAGUGUCGGAAGUCCUCAGCUGCUGUCCGUCUGCCGUCGCCGCUCUAUAUUAUGGUCGUGCAACCGUGAUCCGCGUGGAUCGUCCGUGUGGAUCUCCGGUCGGGCACCAUGUCCACCCGGUACAGCCCAAAGCGUGCGCUCCUGCCCGCGGUCUGCGCGCAUGUUGUGUCCGUGCUGACAGUGUGCUGCGCCGGGAGCAUGUUUACAGCCGCUGCUUAUCCGAAUCAACACAACACGCUGGAGCACUAUGAUGUAAUCGAACCACACCUGCUCAUCGGAGGACAGCAGAGACCGGUUAGUCUCAUCAAGUCAAUGGGUCAUCCUGGAUCACUGAAGGUGCUGAUUGAAGUGAAUGGAGAGCAACUGCUUCUUGCUUUGCAGAAAAAUGAAGGGCUGUUUGCUAGUCACUACACAGAAACACACUACCUGGAGGAUGGAAGUGCCAUCACCACCUCACCGAAUGUCACGAUUCACUGCUACUAUCAUGGCGAAGUGGAGGGUCACCCGGGGUCAGAGGUCAGCCUCAGCACCUGCAGCGGACUCAGGGGACUGAUUUCACUUGAACAUAAAGUUUAUGUAGUGGAGCCGUUGGACGAGAGAAACACACACCGUCUUUACAGAGGAGAACAUCUUAAACUCACCCAGGGAACCUGCGGACACGGUCACAACAUUUCAUACCCUACAGAGAUGUUGAACACUACAGGAGCCGUCUUCAACAGCAGCAGGCAUAAAAGAGACGCCCAGAGCAGCACCAAGCAUGUGGAGUUGAUCAUCGUCGCAGACAACCGCGAGUAUCAGAAACAAGGGAAAGAUGUGGAGAAAGUGAAACAGAGGCUUGCUGAAAUAGCAAACUACGUGGACAAGUUUUACAGAUCGCUGAAUAUCCGUGUGGCUCUGGUGGGGUUGGAGGUGUGGAGUGACGGAGACAAAUGCUCCAUCACACAGGAUCCGUUCACGUCGCUCCACGAGUUCUUGGACUGGAGAAAAGUCAAGCUGCUCCCGCAGAGACCCCACGAUAACGCUCAACUCAUCAGUGGCGUUUACUUCCAGGGCACCACCAUCGGCAUGGCUCCCAUUAUGAGCAUGUGCACUGCCGAGCAGUCAGGGGGCAUCGUCAUGGAUCACUCCGAUAACCCUCUCGGCGCCGCGGUUACUUUGGCCCACGAGCUCGGACACAACUUCGGCAUGAACCACGACACGCCGGAGCGCGGAUGCGGAUGCAGAGCCACCGUGGACCGCGGCGGGUGUAUCAUGACGCCCUCCACUGGGUAUCCUUUCCCUACAGUCUUCAGUACGUGCAGUAAGAAGGAUCUCGCCGCGAGUUUGGAGAAAGGUGUGGGCAUGUGUUUGUUCAACAUGCCAGAGGUGAAGGUGCUCUACGGAGGCCAGAAAUGUGGAAAUGGAUACGUCGAGGAGGGAGAGCAGUGCGAUUGCGGAGAUCUGGAGGAGUGUCUGAAUCCCUGCUGUAAUGCCAGUACAUGCACACUGAAAGAGGAGGCUGUAUGUGCACAUGGACAGUGUUGUGAAGACUGUCAGCUGAAGCCUGCAGGGACUCCAUGCCGUGAGUCCAGUAACUCCUGCGACUUGCCGGAGUUUUGCACAGGCGCCGACCCUCACUGUCCCGCUAAUGUCUACCUGCAUGACGGACACACCUGUCAGGGUGUCGAUGGACACUGUUACAACGGCAUCUGUCAGACGCACGAGCAGCAGUGCAUCACGCUGUGGGGACAGGGUGCAAAACCAGCUCCAGGAAUCUGUUUCGAAAGAGUGAACUCAGCAGGAGAUCCAUAUGGAAAUUGUGGGAAAGACGCCAAGGGAUCAUUUGCGAAAUGCGAAGCACGAGAUGCUAAAUGUGGGAAGAUCCAGUGUCAGGGCGGAGCCAACCGGCCUGUGAUUGGCACCAAUGCCGUCUCCAUAGAAACCAACAUCCCGCUCCAGGAAGGAGGGCGUAUCCUCUGCCGCGGGACUCACGUGUACCUGGGAGACGACAUGCCGGAUCCGGGCCUCGUGCUCACUGGCACCAAAUGUGGAGAAAACAUGAUGUGUAUAAACAGACAGUGUCAGAACAUCAGUGUGCUCGGGGUUCACGACUGCUCAGCCAAAUGCAGCGGACACGGGGUUUGUAAUAAUAAUAAGAACUGUCACUGUGAGUCGCUCUGGGCUCCUCCGUUCUGUGAUAAAGCUGGGUUUGGAGGCAGUAUGGACAGCGGCCCAAUGAGACCAACAGACAGCAGCACUGUGAUGGUGGGCAUCCUGGUGGCGUUUCUGUGUCUGAUGUGUGUUGGAAUAAUCGCGUGCAUUAAGAGGAAAACUCUGCUCAGCCUGUUCUUCAGCAAUAAGAAGAACACCAUCGAAAAACUGAGGUCUGUGGGGCCCAACAGAUUGAACAGUCCAGCUCACACACUCUCAUCCGCUCACACACACACUGGGACUCAAACGCACUCCAUGUACAGAACAUCUCCUCAAUGUCAGACUUCAGCUUUACCACAAAGUGCCAGCAUAUAUAAGCCCCAGUCUCCUCUCCAGACCGUGGACUCUGUGGUUCCGUCUCAUGGUCUCCGCCGGCUGCCACCGUGCCCUCCGGUCCACCUCUCUCACCCACUGCCCCUGGCGCUCGGCCUGCCACUGACGCCACCGCACACACACUCGUCUCCACCCAGAGCCCCUCCACCAGCACUCGCACAUACACACGCUUCCGCUCCAGCAGCGGGAGUGGCUGGCCGCGGCCUGGCCUGCCAGAAUGUCUGCAAGAUUGCCAUGGCGUUCGAGAAGCCCAGUGCACCCCAGAAGCCUCUUCCCGCAGACCCGCUUGGCCGAAACGUCCGGGUGAUGCGGAACCCAUCGGCUGUGCGACUUCCAGCUCCCAUCCCGACCCCGGCCUGCCCAAGACCCGCUCCGCCUCACCCACAGCCCUGCAGGCCUCCUCCUAAACAGCCGCCCACCCUGCCGAAGCCUCACUUCACAGCCGGAGUGAAGUUUAGCAGCUGAGAGCCGGACAGAAGGGAUCUCGUCCCUGGAGACGCUCGCUUUUUGCACUAUGAACCUCUGUGGGACACGUGGUGAUGCGAGGGGUGACCUUUGACCCCCGCGGUGCUCUCCCUAUUAACGGUGCUAUGAGUCCAAGCUCAGGUACAUGUCACGCGUUAUUUAUGUCGGUUAUGAGCGUAUUUAUUUGAGCACAGUGCACUGUGGUUGACACUUUCUCAAUCGUAGCAAUCGGUGGUUCGCCCACGUUUACCUGAUUGUCCUUUUUGUUGUUGUUGCUAUUGUUGUUGUUUUGACAUUUUUCGACUGUGUACCAGCAGAUAAAGACGAGAAGUGUUAUCUGUGAACAUCAACCACGUCAUGUGGAUGCUAAACUGGAUUGAAAACCAGAUUUAAAUGGAAACAUGAAUUGGGAGUUGAUGGUUCUGUGAUGUCAUUUGGUAUAUGAAAAGGGCUUUUUAACAAUUUCAUAUGAUGUAAUGGCCAUUUUUAUUGUGUAUUUCAGACGUACAUGAUUAAACCCGAAUUAGGAUCGCAGUGAUACUUAAGGGAUGUUGAAGAACCUACGUCUCACAAUAACAUGUCCAGGUCACAUUGUAUCCCAAAUUAAAGGAAACAAAAUAAUAAAUACAGUUUUCCAUAACAAAAAAUUGGCAUUUUAUAGGCAAAAUAAUAGUUUUUUUUUUGUUUUGUUUUUUUUUUGUCAUUUUUGUUUUUAAUUCUAAGACAAUUAGGCUUAUUCCUUCCUCAUUUUAAUGACUCUAAUGAAUCUGAAUAUUUUUCUUAUUUUUUAAAUUCUAAAUGAUGAUUCUCAUUACUGAUAUAAAGUUUUUUGGGGUUUUUUUAGUAUAAAUAAAACAAUUAAUGAAAAUCUAAUGAGAAUCAUCAUAUAUAAUUAGAAUUUAAAACAAAAAAAAUUCAGGCAUGUUAUUUUUGUAUGUAAAAUGCCAAAAAUAAGAACAAAUACUAUAAAAACAUAAAUAUAACAAUUAAAAUUAUAUAUAUAUAAUGGGAGUUUUAGUGAAAAAAAUUAAUGUAAUUUUAUUGCUUAAUUUUUGUCAUGGAAAUCUUAAUGAUAAAACUGAACUUUUUUCAGUCUCUAGAUUUAUUUUUGCAAAUGAAACAAACAAACUAAAAAAUAUAAAAAUCAUCCAGACAAUGAAAUUGUCAUUACUGUAUUGCAGUAAUGAGAAAUUAGAAAAUGUACUUAAAAUAUCACAAUGCAAACAGGCUUCGAUUUUUCUAAUAAAAACAUUAUUUCUUACAUCUUCCUUUUGAUUUUGAGGUGAAAUAUGACCUGGACAGCUGAAUAACGUUCUGAAUUCACUUCAUUUCACGUGUCUAAACAAGUCUUGAUCCUAAAUUUUUUGAGUUUUGCAACAUUUGCAACAAAUUACAUGCACCAAAUCCAGCUCUUGUUGAUUUCAAAUCUCGUAAAGAAGAUAGACAGACACAGAUGUUGUUGUGUUCCUGUGACCUGUCUGAUGUUCAGAUAGACGGUUCACUCAGGAGAUCCCAGCUUUGAGAAGACUGGAAAGAUCUGAGAGGCCCUGAUUUCAUGGUCAUGCAGCCAUAUUUUUAUAGAUGUACUUUGAAAUAGUUAUUGUGGGGAAAUGAUUAAACAAAUGACAUGGAUUUUCUUUCUUAUCGACCCAACUAAUGUUGCCACAUGGAACAUUAUGAGUGGACUGCGGUUAAUGAAAACAGACACAUGAAUCCUUCUCUAAAUAUUCCCAUAAUCCCUUUGGUCUCCCUCAAACACGCUGCGGUCAGUGGGUUUGCAUCGCUGGCAAAGGUUCAUGGGCGAUUUGUCAGGGUAAAUGAACACACUGCACUGAAAUAAUAGGAUGUGCACAAAGCAUUCAAAAAUAGACGUUUAGCAGCAAUUAUGGUCAUGAAUUACUGUCAACAGGGUCAAAACACAAAUUACAGCCUUUAUAUACAGUAUAAUGCAUUAUAAAAGUAGUUUUAAUGCAUUAAUUAUGUCUUGCAGUGCACCUUAUUAUAUAUGACCCUGGACCACAAAACCAGUCUUAAGUAGCAUGGGUAUAUUUGUAAUAAUAGGCAAAAAUACAUUGUACAUUUUUCUUUUAUGCCAAAAAUCAUUAAUUAUGUAAAGACUAUGUUCCAUGAAGAUAUUUUGUAAAUUUCCUACUCUAAAUAUAUCAAAACUUAAUUUUUGAUUAGUAAUAUGCAUUGCUAAGAACUUCAUUUGAACAACUUUAAAGGCGAUUUCCUCAAUAGUUUUUGCACCCUCAGAUUCCAGAUUUUCAAAUAGUUGUAUCUCAGCCAAAUAUUGUCCAAUCCUAACAAACCAUACAUCAAUGAAAAUCGUUAUUCGGCUUCUACACAGUUUUAUACAUACAGAUGAUGUAUAAAUCUCAGUUUUAAAAAAUUCUUGCGGUCCAGGGUCACAUAUGAUCUCUUGAAUAAUUGCAACCGCUGUUAUAAUACAUUAUAGUACUUCUCUAUUCAUUCAUAAUGCAUUUUAACAAUUAUUUAUGCAUUACAAUGGACAUUCUUUAUAAUGCAUUAUGCAUAAAGGCUUUAAGUUUACCAAAAUUGGCUUUGGUAAAUAAACAGUUCUGUAACUUGACACUUUAUGAGGAACUACAACAGAAUAUGACUAAACUGAAUUGUAAAAAUGAUAGUCUGAUGCACAAUGAUGGAAAAUUUGUGAACGACUGUAAACAAAGACAUGCAAACAUCUUUCACAACAAAUAUACAGCACACACUACCAUUUAAAAGUUCGGCGUUGAUAAGAUUUUUUGUGCACCAAGGCUGCAUUUAUUUGAUAAAAAAUACAGUAAAAUCAGUAAUAUUCUGAAAUAUUAUUACAAUUUAAAAUAUGUGCUUUCUAUCUGAAUAUAUUUUAAAAUGGAAUUUAUUUCUGUGAUGCAAUGCUGAAUUUUCAGCAUCAUUACUCCAGUCUUCAGUGUCACAUGAUCCUUUCGAAAUCAUUCUAAUAUGCUGAUUUGCAGCUCAAGAAACAUUUCUGAUUAUUUUUAAUGUUGAAAACAUUUGUGCUGCUUCCUAUUUUUGACUUUUUCAAGUGCUUACUGACCCCAAAGUUUUAAAUGGUAGUAUAUUUUAAUAAGAAAUAACCCGAAAUAUACAUAAAUAUGUGUAGUUGGCUAAUUUCACUCCGUUUGCAGGUUGACGUUUGGCACUGAGACUAACAGGCCUUGAUUUUAUUCAAGACUGAGUCAUCUUUAUUAUUUGUUGCCACUGAGCCAUUUAUGAUCUCUCACGUGUGGGUCUUUUAGGCCUGUAUUCUGACACCUUACGAGUGCCAUUAUAUCUCAGUGUUUACAUUGUAAAUUCAUCUUCAUUCACUGUAUUAUCAAACAUCACGAGUGUCCCGUUGCCUUUUUACAGUGUUAAACCACACAGUGCAUUACAGUACGCACAGAGACUGUUCAGAUCUAGACGCUGACUUGAUGAUACGGCGAUCACGUGUCUCUAGGUUAACUGCCUCGCUUGUUUUAUUCAGUUAUCGUUUACUAUUAUUCACUUUAAAUCACGCUGUAUCAGUAAAUUUGCUCAUGUAACGUUCUUUUUCUUCGUAUUUUCUUCAGUGUCACGGGUGUAAACUGCUUUUUUAUGAUAAUUCUUUGAUUAAUCAAAAAUGUGAAAUAAGAUACUGUACGUUGAUGUCUGCAGCACACAAAUAAUGGUCGGCAUAAAGGGCAGCGCUAGUAAAGUUGUUUAUUAAACUGA